GUGUCUGCCAGUUGCAGAACCGGAUGCAGGUGGCUGUGUGCCGUGGGUGUCAGAUGCAGAGUGGACCGCGAAGAGGAGCAAGGUAACCGUGUACAUCUUAAGUGAAGACUGGUCGGGUUGAAUAUGCUGCUGUGGCUGCUUGGAGCUGCGCUCCUGGCCCGAGCGGCCGGCUUCUAUCUCCCGGGUCUGGCGCCAGUCAGCUUCUGUGAGCCGGGGAAAGACCAAGUUCCAGAUUGUAAGUCAACCAUUGAGCUGUUUGUAAACAGGCUGGAUUCAGUGGAGUCUGUUCUACCAUAUGAAUAUACUGCGUUUGACUUCUGUUCAGAAAAAACAAUGAAACGUCCAUCAGAGAAUUUGGGCCAGGUUCUUUUUGGGGAGAGAAUUGAACCCUCGCCGUACAAGUUUGAGUUUAAGAAACCCGCAGUGUGUCAGAAGGUGUGUACCAGAACCUACGACACCAGCAGCCCAUCAGAUAAGGCCAAACUGGACUUCCUCAAGAAAGGCAUGUUACUCAACUACCAGCAUCACUGGAUUGUGGAUAACAUGCCAGUCACGUGGUGCUAUGAUGUUGAAGAUGGACAGAAGUUCUGUAAUCCUGGUUUUCCUAUUGGCUGUUAUGUCACAGAAGGAGGUCGAGCCAAAGAUGCCUGCGUGGUCAAUUCUAAUUUUAAGGAAAAGGAUGCUUUUUACAUCUUUAACCAUGUGGACAUUACCAUCCACUACCACAUUGUUGAGCAUGAACAACUCGGAGCGCGAUUGGUUGCUGCCAAGAUUGAACCCAAAAGCUAUGAAAACCCUAAUGAUGACAACCCUGAUUGUGCUGGAGGGCCAAAGUUCCUGAAAAACAAAUACACAGGAGUGUUUAAGAUCCCAUACACCUACUCUGUCAACUUUGUGGAAGACAAGAGUAUUCGAUGGGCAUCUAGAUGGGACUACAUCCUGGAGUCAAUGCCUCAUACCAACAUUCAGUGGUUCAGCAUAAUGAACUCGUUGGUGAUUGUGCUGUUCCUGUCUGGGAUGGUAGCAAUGAUCAUGCUGAGGACUCUGCAUAAAGACAUUGCCAGAUACAAUCAGAUGGACUCUGUGGAGGAUGCUCAGGAAGAGUUUGGAUGGAAGUUGGUUCAUGGAGAUGUUUUCCGACCUCCCAGGAAGGGGAUGCUGCUGUCAGUUUUUCUCGGCUCUGGAACCCAGAUUUUCAUUAUGACUUUUGUUACCCUUUUCUUUGCCUGUCUUGGGUUCCUCUCUCCGGCGAACCGUGGGGCUCUGAUGACAUGUGCUGUUGUUCUCUGGGUUCUUCUGGGAACUCCGGCUGGAUAUGUGGCUGCCCGCCUCUACAAAUCUUUUGGAGGAGAGAAGUGGAAGACCAAUGUUUUGUUGACAGCCUUCCUCUGCCCUGGGGUGGUGUUUGCAGAUUUCUUUGUGAUGAACUUGAUUCUGUGGGGUGAAGGGUCUUCAGCAGCCAUGCCCUUUGGGACCCUGGUAGCCAUUUUGGCUCUUUGGUUCUGUAUCUCAGUCCCACUUACCUUCAUAGGAGCAUACUUUGGCUUCAAGAAAGCAGGUAUUGAGCACCCAGUGCGGACCAAUCAGAUUCCUCGUCAAAUCCCAGAGCAGUCAUUCUACACAAAGCCUCUUCCUGGUAUUGUAAUGGGAGGAAUUCUGCCUUUUGGAUGUAUUUUUAUUCAGCUGUUCUUCAUACUAAACUCCAUCUGGUCCCAUCAGAUGUACUACAUGUUUGGCUUCCUUUUCCUGGUCUUCAUUAUCCUGGUUAUCACCUGCUCUGAGGCCACCAUUCUGCUCUGCUACUUCCACUUAUGUGCUGAGGACUACCACUGGCAGUGGCGUUCCUUCCUGACCAGCGGCUUCACCGCUGUCUAUUUCCUGGUCUAUGCCAUCCAUUACUUCUUCUCUAAGCUGCAAAUCACUGGGCUAGCCAGCACCAUCCUGUACUUUGGAUACACCAUGAUCAUGGCUCUCAUCUUUUUCUUAUUCACUGGUACAAUUGGCUUCUUUGCCUGUUUCUGGUUUGUUACCAAGAUCUACAGUGUGGUCAAAGUGGACUGAGGGAUCCAAAUAAACAACAGACUAUAUAUGGCUGGACGUUGCUUUCUGUCAUCAACCUCUGGAACUUUUAGCUCUGUCAAACUGAACUGAACAUUACAACCUGAACAUUCACCUCCUCAUUUCAUUUCUUCAAGCGGAGAUGACUCUGCCUCAGACAGAUGACAGUUUUCUUUGCUUUGUGUGCCUAAAAUGUUUGUGUGUGAGCAUGUGUGCAUUGGGUUGUGAUUUUUGUACAUACAGUAUUUGCAUAUAAUCUGGAUGAAAUGAAUCAUACCUGUACCAGCUCUCCCCAGUAUCUGACACAUAGAAAGAUGGUUCAUACCCUGUCACCUUCACCCGGUGCAGUGAGCCACAGCUGGACUGCUCAGUGACUCUGUCAGCCGUCAUCUCAUGCAUUUUAGGUUUGUUUUAUGAUCCCUGCACUUUAUGUUUGCAGAUGUAGUCAGACAAAUAAAGCUGUGAUGGUCUGCUUCUUAA